AACCGUAAAAGUAUCUCUAUGGACCGGGCUCGAUUCUGGUAGCACACGGGGAAGGAAGCUGUCAAGGCGAUGCAUUGUUAACGUCCAGCCGCCCUUUCCCUGUCUUUCAAAAGGGGACUACCUUCCGCAUACACCCUGGUUUAUGUGUAUAUUGUUAACGAUAAUGAGUGACUUUUGAAAGCUACCUCCAGAGAGGAAGGCGCUAGAAGUCAGGAUCCUACAAAUGGCAAGAGACACUACCUCAUAUGGGGCAGAUAAAUGUUCUACUUCGGGACAACGUGGCUACUAUUGAUGCUCAAAACGCCUACAUUAUCAGUAUUCACCAUGUCACUGAACAUUCUCUACCAAGUUUUACACAGUAUCGUGACCGUCUACUGGAUAUUUUUGCUCCCUGUCAUAUUCUUAGUAUACCAUGUGUUUCCAUAUGCUGCUCGCACUUCAACGUCGGGAGAAACGGCAGCACAACGAGCAACAACUUUCCGCCCUCAGAAUCACAAUAUCUCCCCGUCGACUCAUCCCGCUCGUGUCGGUCGAAGCCUGAGACACCAACUUGUUCCCCCGGCUCGCGCGGGUCUCAAUUCGGAUUCGGCAGUGGACGACGUCGCUCGACAGCUCGAGGUACUCCGAACCUGGAUAUCAGAUAACAUCAUGAGUGGAAUGUACUUAUACCCUAAAGUUCUUUCCUACGACAGCGAGCUGGCACGAGGGAGAUGGUUUAUGCGAUUCCAGUCACAUGAAUUGACGUAUUUGGAUAAAUUCCAAAACUUUGCCGACACGGCUGCGGGCAGGAUCAAUAUUCGACUAGCACUUCUCGCCAUGUCAGUCCGGCCGCACAGUCCCAUGUCACCGGUCUACUGGGCGGUUGCCCUAAUUCCUGGCUUGCACCUGGAGCGGUACCUUUUGAUAUACAUGCCCAAACAAGAUAUCCACGGGGAUUUAAAGGCCCAUUUCCUGGAUCAGCGAAGACGAUUUGUUGACACGCUGCGAACUCGUGUGAAGCUGGUCAAAAUCUUGGCCAAUCGGGAACGCAUGGAACGGGGCGAGCAGGAUAGGGAUCAUCUGCGAAGCUGUCUUACAUGGAUCAGCAUAAUGAUCAAUCAAGGAGCUGAGCCUUUUCGGCCGGUGGGGGAUAUCCGGGCCACUUGGACAGAUAUGAGAGAGCUUAAGCUUUGAACGGUUGGGGGAAAUUGUACACGGUGGUUUCCUGAUUCUUAUCUUAGUAGGUUCCCCGAAGUAUGAACUUUGGUUUAAUUCAACUGCAGAAUACGUGGGCUGGUAGUAGAUAGUCUAGGUAAUUUGAAAGCUAUCAAGGGCUUUUUCUCUGUCCAUUCGAGUUCUCUAGCCAGUCAACCACCCAACAACGAUUCUGGAUCUGUCGUAACCAAUUUUAGUAUAAAUGUAGUGUCCAUUAGUGGCAAGUUCCAGGAUGGUUCUACCCCGGAAUAUAACAAACGUACACUUACAUUAGUUUAAAUCUGCUAUAACC